GUCAGGUCAGAUGAAUACUCAAUGUUUACCUGACACCGAAACUGCUUAGCCUGGAGAAACCUGUACUUAAGUAACGGAAUAUUAAUGUUGAGUUGUUUGCAGAUUUCAGCCUUAUACUGGUCAGUCAGAGUGCUUCUUCUGAAAAUCGUUCCACUAUAUCCGAACAAUAGGAAUAUGAGCUGACGCCAGGAGAAGCUGACCUGAAUACAGCUAACUGUGUAAGCAUCUGUGUGAAAUCCUACCAGCUCUACUAAGGGGACGAGUUAUAGACUGAGGGUUGUGGCGUUGAAUCCAGACGACAUCUCAGAUAGUGCAGGGCUUUGAGUACAGAUAAGCUUAUAAGGUAGCACACAUCGGCGAUAUGGAUCGGUUAAGCGAGGAAAUCUCAUUCAAGAAGACAAGCAACAGAAAAUAUUUUGCCAUUAUCGCUGUCGUCGCCUUGAUUGUUGGCUUUGUUAUUGGCAUUCUCAUUGGACGAUUUGCAAUAGACCGGGGAGAAGGGAGUGAAGGUAAUUCCCGGUCCCCGGCGGAAUGUAGCACGCCCCCAUUCCAAGACGGCGUCUUCCUCCCGGGGGUACCGCAGGCGCUGAUCCAGGAUGGCGACCCUAGGAUCACGGACAGCAUCAUCAAGUUGAUGGAUCCAGAGAACAUUAGAGAGAACUUAAGAAAUCUGACGUCAGCGCCACACCUGGCGGGCACGGCUGCGGACUUGCGUCAAGCGCAACAACUCCUAGAUUACUGGAAAACGCUGGGCUAUACUGAAACCAAGCUGACCCCUUACAACAUCCUGUUGUCUUACCCUAACGAAACGGAUCCGAACGUUGUACAGUUCAUCAACGAGACUGGUGAUGUAACGUUUACGUCAGUGAUAGCUGAGCAGAUUCUUACCGAUAAGGAGAACAAAUCUGACGUCGUCUUGCCCUUCAAUGCCUAUUCCCCAAAAGCUGACGUCGAGGGAGACCUUAUCUACGUGAAUUACGCCAGAGUAGAAGAUUUUAACUAUCUUCUCUCCAUAAAUGUCACCGUUUCUGGAAAAAUCGUCAUAUCUCGGUAUGGGAAAAUCUUUCGGGGCGACAAGGUAAAUAUAGCCACCAGAUAUGGAGCCACUGGCGUUAUUCUGUACUCGGACCCAAAAGACUAUACCUGGGGUACUGACCCUAAGGUCUACCCGGAAGACUGGUGGCUGCCUGACACAGGGGUCCAGCGGGGAUCGAUUUAUUUGGGCUCAGGGGACCCGCUCACCCAGGGAUACCCGGCUACGGAUACGGCGUACCGAAAUAGAGAGGAAGACGUUUUGCCCACGAUUCCCUGCCAUCCAAUAGGCUACAGCGACGCUGAAGUUUUACUGAGUAAACUCGGUGGAGUUCAAGCACCACCAGACUGGAGGGGCAGUUUGAACGUAUCCUACAACAUCGGGGGUCUUAUGACAUCGAACACGACGGUGAAGCUGCACGUGAGCACGUACACGUCACUGAAGAAGACCUACAACGCCGUGGCUGUGAUCAGGGGAGAGAUUGAACCAGAUCGCUAUGUUAUACUUGGUAACCAUAGAGACGCAUGGGUUUUUGGCGCCAUCGACCCCUCCAGCGGAACUGCCGCCAUGAUGGAAGUGUCUAGGGUUUUCGCAGAGCUUGUCCGAACCGGUUGGAAACCCCGGCGCUCAAUCCUGAUAUGCAGCUGGGGAGCAGAAGAGUAUGGUUUGAUCGGCUCAACGGAAUGGGUGGAGCAAUAUAUCAAAUCCCUGGGAGAGAGAGCUGUGGCCUACCUGAAUGUCGACAUCUCUGUCCAAGGAAACUUCUCUCUUCGCACGGCGGCAUCCCCUCUUCUGUACAGUACCAUCUAUGAGGCCUCCAAAAAGGUUCCCAACCCGAACCCCACUGAAGUGGCGGCAGGCAGGAAGACGGUGUAUGACACUUAUCUACAUACUUUCCCAGCCAAGGACAAAGACGGAAAUACUUUGCAAAAACCAAGAGUUCGGAAUCUUGGGGCCGGGAGUGACUAUGCUGCAUUGUUACAGAGGGUGGGUAUCCCCUGUCUCGAUGCUCGCUACACAUAUGAUGAGAACACGAUGAAACUAGGCUCCUAUCCGCUCUAUCACUCCGCCUACGAGACGUUCUUUGCUGUUGAUCAGAUUAUUGACAGAGGAUUCCACUAUCACACAGCUGUUGCCAAUUUCUGGGCCGAGGCUGCCAGAAAUCUCGCGGAAUCUCUCAUUUUACCGUUUAACGUGAGUGACUAUGGCGUAGCGCUGGACAACUUUAGAAAGACACUCUACGACGAUUACGGCACCCUCAUGAACCAGACAGGACAAAUAGAUCUCAGUCAACUGACCUCCGCCGUUGACAGUUUUAUCACAUCCGCCACCGAUUUCCACCAAAGAGUGAAGUCCAUCGACAAGAACAAUCCCAUUCUGACCCGGAUGGUAAAUGACCAGAUGAUCCAGGUAGAGAGAGCCUUCACCGACCCCAUGGGGCUUCCGGGUAGACCAAUGUACCGUCACGUGGUAUUCGCUCCGAGCUCAGUGAACACGUACGCAGGCGCCAGUUUCCCCGGAAUCGCGGACGCCCUGUUUGAAAUAGAGAAAGACCCAGAUGAGGCAAAGCGCUGGGACGCCGUCAGGAAGAUCUACUCUGUGGUCGUAUUCACUGUGGGAUCCGCGGCCUCUACACUACGCGAUGUAGUCCAGUUCAUGGACUCUAUUGUGGCAGUUCACACAUCGUACGGGGCGGCCGCCUGGAGAUUGGCUGUAGCAGGACAACAGGUACACGUACCACCUAUCGCCGAUAUGGAUCCGCUACAGGAAGAAAUCAAGUUUAAAAAGCUUGACAACAAGAAACAUUUUGCUUUCGUUGCCGCCAUCGGUUUGGUUGCCGGAUUUAUUAUUGGUAUUCUUAUUGGACGAUUUGCUAUAGACCGCGGAGAAGGGAGUGAGAGUAAUUCUCCGUCCCCUGCAGAAUGUAGCACGCCCCCACCUCAAGACGGGGUCUUCCUUCCUGGGGUACCGCAGGCGUUGAUCCACGAUGGGAACGCUACGAUCACGGAGAGCAUCAUCAAGAUGAUGGAUCCAAACAAAAUCAGAGAUAACUUAAGAAAUCUAACGUUAACGCCACACUUAGCCGGCACAGCGGCUGACUUGCGUCAAGCGCAACAACUCCUAGAUUACUGGAAGACGCUGGGCUAUACUGAAACCAAGCUGACCCCUUACAACAUUCUGUUGUCUUACCCUAACGAAACAGAUCCGAACGUUGUACAGUUCAUCAACGAGACUGGUGAUGUAACGUUUACGUCAGUGAUAGCUGAGCAGAUUCUUACCGAUAAGGAGAACAAAUCUAACAUCGUUUUGCCCUUCAAUGCCUAUUCCCCAAAAGCUGACGUCGUGGGAGACCUUAUCUACGUGAAUUACGCCAGAGUGGAAGAUUUUAAUAACCUUCUAACAAAAAAUGUCAAUGUUUCCGGCAAAAUCGUCAUCGCUCGCUAUGGAAAAAUAUUUCGGGGAGACAAGGUACACAUCGCCACCAGGUAUGGGGCCAUUGGGGUUAUUCUCUACUCGGACCCCAAAGACUAUGCCUGGGGUACCGACCCUAAGGUCUACCCGGACGACUGGUGGCUGCCUGGGACAGGGGUCCAGCGGGGAUCGAUUUUCAUGGGUUCUGGGGAUCCGCUCACCCCGGGUUAUCCAGCGACCGACACGGCCUACAGAACUUCAAAGGAAGCUGUCCUGCCCAAGAUUCCCAGCCAUCCGAUUGGCUACAACGAUGCUAAAGUUUUACUGGGGAAACUCGGUGGAGAUCAAGCACCACAAGACUGGAGGGGCAGUUUAAACGUAUCCUACAACAUCGGGGGUCUUAUGACAGCGAACACGAAAGUGAAACUGCACGUGAGCACAUACACAUCAUUAAAGACGACCUACAACGCUGUGGCCAUUAUCAGAGGAGAGAUUGAACCAGAUCGCUAUGUUAUACUCGGUAACCAUAGAGACGCGUGGGUGUUUGGCGCCAUCGACCCCUCUAGUGGAACUGCCGCCAUGAUGGAAGUGUCAAGGGUUUUCGCAGAACUUGCCCGAACCGGCUGGAAACCUCGACGAUCCAUCCUUUUAUGCAGUUGGGGAGCAGAGGAGUAUGCGUUGAUUGGCUCAACUGAGUGGGUGGAGCAAUACAUCAAAUCUCUGGGGGAGAGAGCUGUGGCCUAUCUUAACGUCGACAUCGCUGUCCAAGGAAAUUUCUCUCUGAGAACCGCAGCCUCUCCUCUUCUGUACAACGCCAUCUAUGAUGCAUCCAAACAGGUUCCCAACCCGAACCCCAGUGAGGUGGCGGCAGGCAGGAAGACGGUGUAUGACACUUAUCUACAUACCUUCCCAGCCAAGGAUAAAAACGAAAGCGCCUUGGGAAAACCAAAAAUCUUUAAUCUGGGCUCCGGAAGUGACUACGCGGCGUUCCUGCACAGGGUGGGAGUUCCCUGUAUCGAUGCCAGCUACACAUAUGACGAGAACACGAUGAAACUUGGCUCUUAUCCGCUCUAUCACUCGGCCUACGAGACGUUCUUUGCUGUUGACAAGAUCAUUGAUAGAGGAUUCUUCUAUCAUACAGCUGUUGCCAAAUUCUGGGCCGAGAUUGCUCGAAAUCUUGCAGAAUCUCUCAUUUUACCGUUUAACGUGAGUGACUAUGGCGUGGCGCUGGGCAACUUCAGAACAACACUCUAUAAGGAUUACGGCUCCUUGAUGAGUAAUAAGGGAAAAAUCAAUCUUACUCAGCUGACCUCGGCCAUUGAUGGCUUCAUCAAAGCUGCCGCCGAUUUCCAUCAAAGACUCAAGUCCAUAAACAGGAACAAUCCUAUGUUGACCCGGAUGGUGAAUGACCAGAUGAUCCAGGUAGAGAGAGCCUUCAUCGACCCCAUGGGACUUCCAGGCAGACCCCUGUUCCGUCACCUGAUAUUCGCUCCUAGCUCGGUGAACACUUACGCGGGAGCCAGUUUCCCGGGUAUCGCGGACGCCCUGUUUGAAAUAGAGAAAGACCCAGAUGAGACAAAACGCUGGGACGCCGUCAGGAAGAUCUACUCUGUGGUCGUAUUCACUGUGGGAUCCGCGGCCUCUACACUACGUGAUGUAGUCCAGUUCAUGGACUCCAUGCCCUAAUAUUGUUCUGCACAUUUUAGUAACGUACCAAAAAGAAAAAAAUUGCAGCUGGUAUUUCAGUUCUCUUUCUUUUCGGCAAUGUUUAAAACGCUGUCUUUACAUAAGUAUGUGACCGAUUCGUCUUAUUUAAGAUCUACUGAGCGAAUGAUGCCUGCUCAUGUACCACUCAGGGUCCUGUCUCAUGACUGGCAGGUGCUCAAGGUGUCUUUCAAUCAUCCCCAUACUGGAAUUUUCUACAUGCGUACUUAUCUUGGAGGAGUAAAUCUGUGCCUCACAUGUGAGAAAGCUCAUCGAUUAAUUUUCAAAUGUUGGAGGUUUAUUCCAAGAAAUCCGGUUUCCUACAUUACUGAAAAUGGCCGCCGUUUUAUCAGUGAAAUAUUAUUGAUUACAGCAUGAAAUACGUAUCCAUUCAAAUUAAAGCAAAGAAUCGGUAUUACUGAACGCUAUUGCUUCCUUUCUCCUGCAGAAACAAAGCAGUUUGCAGUAGGAUUUCAGUAUGAUUGCUUUUAAGAUUUACAUGUGAUAAGACGAAAGGGGAGAUAACGCAGUUGUCUCGCGUUGUUGAACACCAUUAAUCAGAUUUCAUGUCCUUUAUAUAUCAUAUAUGUGUUAUUAAAAGUGAAAUGUUACAAAUAAAACAAAUAAUAUGGG